GUUUGGGGAAAAAAACGACCAAGGCCAUAAAUGGUCCAAAGAUCAGGUGCCUGAGGAGAGACAAAAAGAUUGGACUUGCAGGGUUUUCUGUCCACUUCUCUCGACCAUCAGAGCUCCAGCAACGCUCUGACAACACAACAGCCAUGAGUAAGGACGAAGGCACGGAGUUAAAAACUAUCCUAAAGCGUAGCAAACGCGUGAGCAUGCUGCUAAAUGAUGAGGGCAGCAAAACCACCCAGAGCAGCUCCAUCGGGGCCGUUCGCUGGAAGCUGCCUGAUGAGAGCGUCCAGCCUCACAGUUCAGCCCCCACCGUUCACGCCAAAUCAAACACCCACAGUAAGAGCUCACAGCAACACGUUCGCCAGGGCAACCUGAAGGACCUGCGCAGUCUGCAGGAGUGUGUUCACUUCAUUAAUCACUGGAAGGAGCAAGUGGACCAAGUGUGCAAGCAGGGUGGCACAGAUCCAGGGGAGGGAACCAGUAAGGCAGAGGCCCGGAGCUCAGACCGGCGCACCGAGCGCAGCCUGGAGGAGAGCCGAAAGCUGAUCCUGGAGUGGGCCGAUGAGCUGCGCCAUUUCGACAAGCUUCUAAAGGAGACCCCAUGGGAAUCUGACAAUCAUAGGAAACAGGAUAAAGAUCAGCCCAAAGAGGAGGGACAAGUGAGGAUCAUGGAGUGGGCAAAGGAGCUGCAGAAGGCGACCGAGAGCUGCGGUGUCCAGAGCGAGGAGCUCGGUAAAGUUCUGCGCCUGCUGGGCAUCAAAAAGAAACGUCUGUACAAGCUGCUGCCUCUACUGGAGUUCAUCACCUGGUCUCUGCUCAAGGAAGACAGCACGACAAUGGUUUCCCAGAUCUGGUUGCUGGCGAAGCAAAAAACCUGGAAAGCAGGAAAACCCAAAUACAUCCCAAACUCAGUUUGGACCUGGAUCUGCAGUGCAGCAGCUGAUGUGAUUCUCGACCCCAUGACAAACCACCCCUGGCUUCAUCUUUCUGAUGACCAGCGUAAGGUCCAGGAGAGCAUCUCGGAGUCUGACCCUCCCAAUAGCUCCCAUCGCUUCGACAGCUGGCCUUGCGUACUGGGCUGGGAGGGCUACAGCCAUGGCCGCCACUACUGGGAGGUGGACAUCGCCAACAACGGCUAUUGGCGGGUCGGGCUCACCUCGGCCAACUCAGAGCGGAAGGGAAACUUCCCCAUGACCCCCAAGCAGGGCUAUUGGGUUCUGUGGAGAAGCACCCACAAUUUCUAUGCCUGCACCAAGCCAGAAACGCAACUUCCCCUUGGGGUCAUCCCACGGCGCCUUGCGGUAUACUUAGACUACGAGGAAGGCCAGAUCUCCUUCUACAAUGCUGAAACCAAAUCUCACAUCUACACGUUCACAGAGGACUUCAGAGAGAAGCUGUACCCUCUGUUCGUGCCCAUGGACGGCCGCACACUCAUGACUGUCAUCAAGCCAAAUAAGAUCUCUGCAAUCAUGGAGAAGAGCCCGGACAAAGCCAGAAAGGUGGCAUUGGAUGACAGUACCGAGCUUUAAAAGAAACCCUAGCAAUCCCAGUCAAAAGCGUGGAAAAUUUUUAAAAGGUUCUCAUCAUGGAUUUAUAAGCGUAUGCUGCUACAAGAGACUAAUUAGGAAAUCACACAUUUAUUCUCACAGCAUUACAAGUAAAUUACCCUGUAAAAAAGAAAUCAUGAAUUGCUUGUUUUUGCCACUAAAGUAAGAGCCUGUACAGACUCCACAAGAAGAGAAAAAUGUGUUCCAUUCCUGGGGAUGUCAAGAACAAGAACACGUUCUUCCUGGCCAGAAGCGAAGAAAACAAGAACUCGAGCGGUGACUUCCACCCUCCCACAAAAACGUUUGUUAGCAUGGAAACCACACCCAUUUCCAAUUUCUGACCAAUCACACAACAGUUGUUGGACACAAGAAAAAAGUUUGUCCCAGAAGAUCGAAGAACUCCCAGCCUGGGUCAGCACGAACUGAAAAAUCAUUUAAUCAUCAUCAUGAAAAGGUAAUUUUGUUCUUUUUCUGGGAGAGUAUGCACUGGCCUUAAUCUCAGGGAGGUAGAGGUAAGCAACAGAAGUAGAAGGAUGAAGAGAUGGAGGAGGAAGAACAUCACACAGAGGAGGUGCCAGAGGAUCAGGGAAAAAUGGUUUUCAUCAUCUCUGGUCUGCAGUUGACGCGAUUUGUAUCCCGAUGGGCUGGCAACAAUCCGAUUUAUUUUGGAUACAUAGAUAUUCUUUCUGGAGAAGCCUGGAUUGGACUAUAAAGUAAACCAUGUUGGCCAGGGCAACAAUAGCACAAAAAUAGAAAUACAAAGAGCUACCUAACAAACCUUAGGUCCACUGAAAUGGACACAGCCUAAUUGGAACUUUUCAGUUUCAUAUUGAUCAACAUUUCUCCGAUGUGGUUAUAUAAGCACUUGUACUUUUGCCCCUUUGUAGCCACCCUAUAAAUAUGUAGAUCCGCCCCUGAAGCAGGCACAAGCAUUCGGAGGAAACUGAAGUUUAAAGUGAAAUAAAAAGAGAAGUGAAGAUGAUCUGACUUCAGAUGAAAUCUGCAGGAACUGAAGAAGCAGGGGAUUUCUUUAAGAAGUGAUCUGAUUGUUUAAUUUCUAUAAAUGUUACCUCAAUGUUACUCUCAAUUUCUCUACUAAAGCAAUAAAAAUGUUGUGUUGUAUCAAAGUGCUAAUGACAAUAUGUUGAAAGAUGCUUGUAUCUAAUCACUUCACUAUGAAUGCAUUAGUCUUUAGAAUAAUAGAAACAUAUUCUUAUCAGAGCAUGACAGAAACAAUAUGUAACCAUAAACCAAUUAUCAUUUAUUAAGGUAAAAGCAUGCUAUGCUUCUUUUUACAUGCAUGCACUUUAAACUGGGCUUUCAGAACAAACUGUAGUCAUGAAUAACUUGAUGUUGUUGAAAAAUCUGCAUUUUUCUUAAACUGUUAAGCUCCACCAAUAAAGUAUUUUUUCACUGUA